ACAAUUUCAAGAUGUCGGGUGGUCCAAGAAUCUCGUUCGAAACAAUUGAUUCUGCUCUUUCUUCUUUGAAAAACUGCCAGUCCUACAUCAACUCUGGAAUGGAUGUCGCUACUCAGGUUGCCCUUGACCUUGUGGAAAGUUUCAAUGAUGAAGAGGAUGUUAACAAUAUGGAAAAAGUAAUGUUAGAAUAUGCUACAAUGGACAGAGAACUUAAUCAUUAUAUAAAAGCGUUUGAAGAAACCAUAAAUCAGGUGAAACAAGAAAAACCAGAAAAUUUACCAGAUUUAGAAAACUUGGCACAAGAAAAAUUCCUUGAAAUGGAGAGCAAGAACAGUGACUCAGAUUUACAAAGGAAUGAAAAAUAUAUGUAUUUUAAGGAUCAACUUAAGGAGAUGAAAAAACAAUAUCAUGGUAAUGACACCAUUGAACAAAUUGAUGAAGAUAUAGCUGUGACUAGGAGUCAGACAAACUUUAUUUGUCCCAUUACACAGAUGACAAUGAAGAGGCCAGUGCGGAACAAAGUCUGUGGACAUAUUUAUGAAGAAGAUGCCAUUCUAGAAAUGAUCCAGACUCAAAAGCAGAAAAAGAAACAAGUCCGAUGCCCUAAAAUGGGCUGCAGCCAUGUUGAUGUAAAAGGAUCAGAUCUUGUACCAGAUGAAAUACUUAAAAGAGUGCUUGACAGUCAGAAAAAACAAAGCUGGUCAACAGUGGACACAUGAGCUGGAUAUGCUACUGCCACAAACAAAAUUUGUUAUUAGAGGUCUUGUGAGAUAAAUUGCUGAUUCUAAAUAGGUUGUAUAACUGAUUGUUAUUUGUUAAGUGUUUCAUUUAUAGGUAAAUCAUUGUUAAAUAUUUCAUUUAUAACCAAAUUUGAAGGUCUCUGCUGUAACUGAAAGCAUUUUUUGAACUCAGGAAUAUAAGGAAUUCCAGUUAAACUUGUUUGGGUUUUGUCUACCUUCCUGAAUUUCUGAAAGCUUACAUUUGGUAAAUAAAGCAUG